AUGAGGAAACUUUCCGGUACACUUCGGGAAGGUGGAUUCCGUCAUCCUCCGCCAACGGCUAUUCGAGUACGCCGGUACGCCCUGGGAGACAGAGAUUCGAUGUCGCUGCGGGCAGAGCUCAUACACUCAAUACGGAAUUGGCUCACAAUUGCUCAGAUCUUCAAUACAAAUUCAACAGCGGGUGCUUGUUCGGUCGCUCCGGUGGAAUAUCCAGAGAAUCUUGUCCGGGAAACCCUUGCCUUGGAAAGAAGCCAAUAUUACAAUACUGCUAAAGAAGUGGCCUAUGAUAUGAAAGCCAGAAUGCUUGAAGCAGCCAAUAUUCCUGAAGAUGUUGCUGCUGUCCGAGACCAGUUUCCUUUCGAAGAUUUCGAUGAAAGCACCUGA